AUGUCUAUCCUUGAAAUAAUUUUCAUUUUUGUCUUUUUACUCAUUCCAAAAAGUGCUAAUUCAUGCUCCGUUUCUAUUACUAAAAAUAUUUUAGAAUCGAGUAAGGGUAGUAGCAAUGUCCAACUCGUAAUCACAAACAAGGGAAAUGCAUCAAUUUGCUCUGUGAAGUUCUUUUUGUCGUUGCCUAGUGGGUCAUCCACAAAAAGCAACAGAAACAUGCGCAGUGUUGGCAACAACCACUACAGAACCCCUGCAAAUGUUCGCAUCGAACCUGGGGCUUCUUACAAAGAGGCGGGACUUGUCAUUAGAGGAAAUGGAAUGCCAAAAAUUUGUGUUCUCAAAACUAGAAGGUGUGACCAUAAAAAAGGGAAUACUACCAUUGUGAAAUCAACAACACCCUCAUCUCGUAAUAAUUCAACUAUAAAAUCCACGAAAAAUAAAAAUAAUCAAGUCACCACCGCCGCUAUAAAAUCAAGCAAAAUUCCAUCUGGCACAACUAAAUUACCCCCAUCAAACAAAAAUUCAACUAUAAAAUCCACAAAACAAACCAAUAAUCAAGUCACCACCCCCAUCACUCCAAAAUCCACUAUAGUUCCAUCAGAAACAACCACAACACAAUCCACAUCGGGAGACUCCCUUGUUGUACCCCAAGUUAUCACAACUAAAGACACUUGUCUUUCGCUGUCUAAUGCUUCAGGAAUAAUUGACUCGGAAUUGAAUUCGCCUAUAGAGGAUGGAAUAUUUACUUUUUAUGGUGCUGGGGGUCGUGGAGCUUGUGGGAUCGAUUCGGAUCAGCCAAAAAUGUCAGCAGCCGCCUCCGGUUCUCUAUUCGACAGUAGUGCCCAAUGGAUCCCUUCUUGUCUAAGUGACCAACGUGUUUUGCUUAAUGACAAAAUUUGCAUAAAUAAAUGUGUCAAAAUUUCUUAUAACAGCAAAACGUUAACCGUUCCAAUAACUAAUAAAUGCCCAGAAUGCCCAAAAAACCAUGUGGAUUUAUCUCAAGAAGCUUUUCUUUGGUUAGAGCCUAAAGGUGGAGUUGUUGGGAUUGCUAGAAAUGCCGUUAUAACGUAUAUAACGUGUCCAGGCCAGGAAUGA